AGUUCGGCCACCCCACCCACCCCCCCGCACCAUGAACGCGGCAGGGCGGGAACACACGUAAGCUUGGGGAUUGGAAGGGGACGGGGAUGCAUUAAGGGGUAGGGGGGCAGUGUGCGGGAGGGGUGUAUUGUGUGCAGGGGUGUGUGUCUGUGCACUCAGCCCAUCCAGUCCUCGUUAAUCCCUAAUGAGCUAAUCCUGCUUUAUCAGGGCGGGGGUGGGGGCUUAAUAAGCAGUCGUUGCUUCCCUCACUCCCCCUUCCCUGCUUACUGGGUCCUUCCUUGCAGGGGGUCUCUACUCUGCCCCCCUCCAGGAUCUCUUAGACCCUUCCAGGGGCCUCCCCAGGCCAAGGCCGACAAAUUCCCCUCCUUAGAUACCCCCUGCAUUGUGACCCCACCCCAGAGGGGCCAGAUCCCAGCACCGGGCGAGGGGUCCCCCAUAGACCCAUCCCCUGCACCCCAUCCCAGAGGGGCCGUGUCCCAGUGCCGGGCGAGGGGUCCCCCAUAUACCUAUCCCCCCCACCCCAUCCCAGAGGGUCCAUGUCCCAGUGCCAGGCGAGGGGUCCACAUGUACCCAGCCCCCUGCCCCACCCCAGAGGGGCUGCAUCCCAGCACCGGGCGAGGGGUGCCCCAUAUACCCAGCCCCUGCGCCCCAUCCCAGAGGGGCCAUGUCCCAGCGCCGGGUGAGGGGUCCCCAUAGCCCCAUCCCCCGCGCCCCAUCCCAAAGGGGCCAUGUCCCAGCGCCGGGCGAGGGGUCCCCCAUAGACCUAUCUCUCCCACCCCAUCCCAGAGGGACCAUGUCCCAGCGCUGGGCGAGGGGACCCCAUAGCCCCAGCCCCCUGCCCCACCCCAGAGGGGCUGCAUCCCAGCACCGGGCGAGGGGUGCCCCAUAUACCCAGCCCCUGCGCCCCAUCCCUGAGGGGCCACGUCCCAGCACCGGAUGAGGGGUCCCCAUAGACCCAGCCCCCUGUCCCAUCCCAGAGUCAGCCACAUCCCAGCACUGGACGAGGGGUCCCCCAUAGUCCCAGCCCCCACACCCCAUUCCAGCGCUGCAUGGUUGGGGUACGUCUGGGGGCUCCUAUGACAUCACAAACCCUGGCGCCGUGGCGAUCGGAACCCCCCACACACACACCGUGGCCGCCCCUGGGCCUGGCGAAGGCAGGGUCUGCUGGGGUGGCCCCAGGGUGCCCCGGCGGCGAGAUGGCGCGGAGCUCCUACCGGCGCCUGCCCUCCCGCCCUGCCUCGCCGCCCGACGCCCCCGGCUCCUUCUCUUCCAGUGGCCUGGGCGAGGAGCCCGCGUCCCUGCGGCAGCAGAAGCUGGAGCUGCAGGUAGGUGCCCCCAGGGCGGUGCCCUCACACCACCUAGGGGGUUCUGGGAUCGAGGGGAUCAGGGCUGGGACUGGUGCCACUCGCCCCCCGGGGGGUUCUGAGAUCGAGGGGAUCAGGGCUGGAACUGGUGCCACUCGCCCCCCGGGGGGUUCUGGGAUUGAGGGGAUCAGGGCUGGGACUGGUGCCCCCUGUCCCCUGGAGGAUUCUGGGAAUGAGGGGAUCAUGGCUGGGAGCGGUGCCCACGGGGGGUUCUGGGAUCGAGGGGAUUGGGGCUGGGACUGGUGCCCCCUGUCCCCCGGGGGGGUUCUGGGAAUGAGGGGAUCAUGGCUGGGAGCGGUGCCCCCGGGGGGUUCUGGGAUCGAGGGGAUUGGGGCUGGGAGUGGUGCCCCCUGCCCCCCGGCGGGUUCUGGGACCGAGGGGUUAGGGCUUGGGACCGGUGCCCCCUGUCCCCUGGGAGGUUCUGGGAUUGAGGGGAUCGGGGCUGGGAGUGAUGCCGCGUUCUGGGACCAAGGGGAUCGGGGCUGGGAGCAGAACCCCCGAGUGGUCUGGGAUCGAGGGGAUCGGGGCUGAGGCUGGCGUGCGGGGGGUGUCCCCCCAGGGCGGUGCCUCCAGGGCCUGUUCUCCUUUCCUGCCCCUUUCCCCCCACCCCCAGCGCCGCAUCUUUGAGAAGAAGCAGCGUCGGAAGCGCCAGGAGCCGCUCAUGGUCCAGGCCAACCCCGACGCCAAGGUGACAGGCCGCCGGGGCCGCCGGCCUGAGGAGCGCACCCCUCUGAUGGAGUCCUGCAGUGACCACAGCCUCUGCAACGGAACCAGCAACCCCUUCCUGGUGGAGUCGGUCCCGGAGGCCCAUCGCCCCGCUGACGCCUGGGGCAGCUCCGUGCACCUGGACAGGGGCCCGCGAGCCGGGGGGGAGGCCGCAGGUGCGUCCGACGCGGAGCUGGAAGAGGCCAUCCUGGAGGACACACGGCCCGUCAACAAGGCCAUGGCGGCGCCCAGCUCCACACGCAAGGGCUGGCCGGCCCGGCGGAGCGGGGCUGGCCACGCCGACGCCCGACACUCCCGGAGCUCGAAGCCAAAGGCGCUGUCGCCCGCACAAGGGGAGCGAGUCCCCUCUGUCAUUGUGGAGUUCAGAGACCCUCAGGACAGCAGCGAUGGGGACGCCCCCCCGGAGGCCGGUGCUGCAGGCUGGGAGUCAGCCCAGGAGGGAGACUCGGAGGCGGAGGGGCAACCGCCCCAGGACCCCCCCAUACCCCCUUCCCCCGUCAGGAGAAGACAGGACAGGAAGCUCCCCAGCAGAGGAUCUCUUGGCAGCCCCCCUGGGAGCGACGAGGACGAGGAAGGAGACUUCAACAUCCUCUGCAGAUCCCUGGAGCCCGCGCCGGAGGCUGACACCCCCAGCCUGCCGGAGGAGGCGCCAGGGACCCCGCAGCCCCCGCGGCCAGAGGAGCUGCAGGGGUUUGUGCUGCGCCCGGCGCCCCCCGGAGUGACCAUCCAGUGCCGCAUCAGCCGGGACCGCAAGGGGGUGGACAAGGGCGUCUUCCCCUUCUACUACCUCCACCUGGAGAGAGACGACGGGAGGAAGCUGUUUCUCAUGUCUGGCCGGAAGAGAAAGAAAAGCAAAACCUCCAAUUACCUCAUUUCCCUCGACCCCAUCGACCUGUCCCGGGGCGGGGACGGCUUCAUCGGGAAAGUCAGGUCCAACAUGCUGGGCACCAGGUUCACGGUGUUUGAUAAUGGGACAAAUCCAGAUAAAAAACCCUUCGUCCCCGAAACAACUCCGAUCCGGCAGGAGUUGGCAGCCAUUUGCUACGAGACCAAUGUGUUGGGGUUCAGGGGACCCCGAAAAAUGACUGUGAUUAUCCCCGGCAUGAACACAGACAAUGAGAGAAUCAGCAUCCGCCCGAAAAACGAACACGAGACCCUGCUGACCCGGUUCCAGAACCGGAACCUCCAGAACCUGCUGGUUCUGCAGAACAAGGUGCCGGCCUGGAACGAGGAGACCCAGUCAUACGUGCUCAACUUCCACGGCCGCGUCACCCAGGCCUCCGUCAAGAACUUCCAGAUCGUCCCCGACCAUGACUCCGAGUACAUCGUGCUGCAGUUUGGCCGGGUGGCGCCCGAUGUCUUCACCAUGGACUAUCGCGCCCCCCUCUGCGCCCUGCAGGCCUUCGCCAUCUGCCUGUCCAGCUUCGACGGGAAACUCGCCUGCGAGUAGCCCCCGCCACCUCCGUCAUGACCUCUGACCCCAUGACCCCCGAACCCUGUGACUUCAGGCAUGGCCCCAUGACCUCUGACCCCACCACCUUGGAAUGACACCAUGACCUCUGACCCCCCACAACUUCAGGCAUGACUCCUACGACCCCGGACAUGACCCUGUGACCUCCAAUCCCCGUGCCCUUGGAAUGACCCCACAACCUCUGACCCCACAACCUUGGAAUGACCCUGCGACCUCUGACCUAUGCUGACCUACUCUGAGUGGCUGGCUCCUCUCUGACCCACCCCUUCCCCCGUUGACGAGUCCUUGUCACCCUUGAUCUCCGAUUCCUUGACUUUACCCUUUGACCUCCCACUACUCUGACCUCUGGCAUUUUUGUGUCAUUCUUGACCUUUGACCUCUCCAUCUUGGCCUCUCGCCUCUUUGGACCUAGCUCAUCCUUGACCUAUGACCCCUGACUUUCCUUGUGGCCCUCUGGUCCUUUGAUGUCAUCCUUGGCCUGUGGUCCAUUUGACCCUUGACCCAUGACCCUUCCCCUCUGGCCCUGAACCAUUUCUCCUCUUUCGAAGACGUUGCCGUGACAGCAGCUGCAGCCGCCAUCUUGAUUGUUCAGUGUCCCCCGCCCCCAAAGGAGGGGGGAUCAGGGCUGUUCUGGGGGACCCCCCCCCAAUCCACAGACUGUAAAGUGCCCCUCACCCCCGAGAGUGUAACAGAUUCUUGAUCCAAAUAAAAUCUACCCAGAAGCGA